AUGGACAUUGUGGGUCCAAGCUUCCAAACUCUAGUUGUACCUGAACAAACCCAAUCAUCACCACAUGAAACUUUAAGACUGGAAUGGCCCUUAACAACCCUCCGUCAAUUUGCAUUUAACGGUUGCUUAUUCAAAAUGGAGACUGGUCGUAGAGCACCACAUGGUGAAGGUCAUUAUCUCUUCCGAAUCCCCGAUAUUGCCGAAUUUCGACAAAAUCUUGAGACACAUAUUGAUCAUUUGAAGCGAUCAAGAAGGAUGAAGACGCGAUCGGCGGUUUGUUAUCGACCUUUGCCUCCAUCUAUACCUCCACCACCACCUCCUCUAUCAAGUGUGUCAAAACCCUAUGUGAACAUUCCCACAAUUCUACCAACACCCACCCUUAAUAGAUCUUGGACAAAUUUACUUCAACCAACAGGAGAAAUGGAUAAAGGCUUAAAUGAUCUUGAAAAUGACGACAAUGACUGGUUGGUCGAGUUGGCUACACCGCCACCACCACCACCAAUCUCUGCACCUUUGCUGACGCAAGAUACUCUACCUAUAAGAGAUGAGCAAUCCAAGAUGCAUCGUGUCGGAACGUAUGAAAACGUGAGAAGCGUGUUAAGAAGUAAUGAGAAGUGUCCAAAUUAUCAACAAUCACCAAUAGUUGUAUCAAGUUCAAGUAAACCUGAACGAUCUCCAAAAGCUGAUUCCACAAUAAACUAUGCAAUGUUGGAUUUUCAGGAGCCAAAAGUACACCGCGGAAAUUCUAGAACGCAAUCAAUAGGAUCUCCGCAGAGACGUUCUUAUAAACGUCCGGUGCUCCCUCCAGCCAAAUCAUGUAGCAGUGAACGUCCAACAAGGUCAUCGGUUUCGCAGACAAUUAGGCGCUUGGCUAGAUCUGUUGAAGCUCGACUUAAUAUGACUGAAGUGGAAAAUAGAGUCCAACAAUCGACUCAAACUGGCAGUUCUAAUGGAGGAAAUUAUGUGGACAUUUGUCCUCUUCAAACUCUUGCAAUUAAUGAACUACUUAGAAGUACUUUGUAA